AGAAGUAAAGAUUGAGCUGAAAGAGUUUUUUUUAUUCCGUGGUGUUAGGAGGACGAGUAAAAGGAGCGAGCAAGAGAGAGAGAGAGAGAGAGAAAACUACACGUGGAUGUAGAGUCAAGAUCCUCAAGGAUUUCUGCGCGAAAUGUUGGGAUGGAAAUAUCAGGCUUUCGCUCAGGAAGAGACUAGGGACUCUCCAGCUGUUAUUCUUGUCACUUUUGGGGAAUUAUUACUGUUGUUGCUGUUGAACCAAACGAUCCGCGACUGGUUUCCAGCGACAUGGCUUCGGUUUCUAACCUUGCCCGGGACGGUGGAGCACUGCCCCCGAGGUACAGUCAUCGAGCCCCGGCCGCUUGCUCGGAUCUGCUGCGGAGACCCAGUUACUCCCACGCUGCUUUCGCAUUGAAACAGAUCUCCAAGGGUAAGGCAGAAGGGCGCCGGGCUCCACUGUGGCUGCGAGCCCACUUCCAAGCCCUGCUCUUCAGGCUGGGCUGCAGCAUCCAGCGGCACUGUGGCAAGAUCCUCUUCAUUGGUCUCUUGGUCUUUGGAGCUUUUGCUGUAGGUCUCAGAGUUGCGAGCAUUGAAACUGACAUCGAGCAGCUUUGGGUGGAAGUGGGAAGCCGAGUGAGUCGAGAAUUAAUGUACACACGGGAGAAACUGGGCGAGGAGACGAUCUUCACCACACAGAUGCUAAUUCAAACCUCAAAGAAAGAAGGGGAGAAUAUCCUUACUCAGGAAGCAUUGCUCCAGCACUUGGAUGCUGCCCUAGCAGCCAGCAAAGUACAAGUCUUGCUAUAUGGAAAGUCCUGGGAUUUAAACAAAAUCUGUUACAAAUCUGGAGUGCCUAUCAUUGAGAAUGGAAUGAUUGAACGAAUGAUUGAGAAGCUUUUUCCCUGUGUUAUUCUAACUCCCUUAGACUGUUUCUGGGAUGGUGCCAAGCUUCAAGGAGGUUCUGCCUACCUACCAGGAAAGCCAGAUAUUCAAUGGAUGAACCUUGACCCUGUGCAGCUCCUGGAUGAACUGGGGCAGUUUACAUCUUUGGAAGGAUUCAGGGAGAUGCUAGACAAGGCAAAAGUAGGACAUGCCUACAUGGACAGGCUUUGCUUACAACCAGUUGACUCUGAGUGCCCCAUGACUGCCCGAAACAAAAAAUCACUGGAGGCUCCUAAUAUUCCCACUGAAUUAACUGGAGGUUGCCAUGGAUUCUCAAAGAAGUUUAUGCAUUGGCAAGAGGAGCUGAUUUUGGGUGGUGUAAAGAAAAAUUCCCAGAACAUAUUGCUGAGUGCUGAAGCUCUACAGACUAUGUACCUGCUGAUGAGCCCCAAGCAACUUUAUGAACAUUAUAAGGAUGAUUAUGAAAUCCAUGAUAUCAAUUGGAACCUGGAGAAGGCAACAGCAAUUUUGGAAAAUUGGCAGCGGAAGUUUGUUGAGGUGGCUCACCAAACUCUGCCUCAGAACUCCACACAAAAUAUCUACGCCUUUUCCACCACCUCCCUCAAUGACAUAAUGAAAUCUUUUUCUGAUGUCAGUGCCAUCCGUAUUGCUGGAGGGUAUUUGCUAAUGUUGGCGUAUGCUUGUGUGACCAUGCUGAGGUGGGACUGCUCAAAAUCCCAAGGAGCUGUGGGUCUAGCUGGAGUCCUGUUGGUGGCAUUGUCAGUAGCUUCAGGACUGGGGCUGUGCUCCCUUCUGGGCAUUUCGUUCAACGCUGCAACUACCCAGGUAUUACCAUUUCUGGCCCUGGGUAUUGGUGUUGAUGAUAUGUUUCUCCUGGCUCAUACAUUCACUGAGACAGGUCAAAAUAAGAACAUUCCUUUCAAGGACAGAACAGGCGAGUGUUUGAGACGGACUGGGACCAGUGUUGCUCUCACAUCCAUUAAUAACAUGAUUGCUUUCUCUAUGGCUGCUCUGAUUCCCAUCCCUGCACUCCGUGCAUUUUCCUUACAGGCUGCAAUAGUUGUGGUUUUUAACUUUGCCAUGGUGCUCCUCAUUUUUCCUGCCAUCUUAAGCUUGGACCUUCAUCGACGGGAAGACAAAAGGCUGGAUAUUUUCUGCUGCUUUUCCAGCCUCUGCUCAACUAGAGUGAUUCAGGUCCAACCACAAGAGUUUGCAGAUGGGAAUGAUAGCCAUAACUUUCACCCUUCUCUGAAUGGAGGGCCAACAUUUACCCACAGCACCCAGAUCACCACCACAGUUCAGGCCUUUACCCAGUGCGAUCCCACUGGGCAGCACAUUGUCACCAUCAUUUCUCCAACAUCUCAGAUCUCUUCAACUCCUUCCGUCAUUGUGCCUCCAGCAGAGCACAUUGGCUCCCAGGGAAUGGACCCCACUAGCUCGACUCGGGACUUACUGGCCCAGGUGGAUGAGGCAAAAGCCUGCAGGAACUGUGUUCAGAUGCCCUUUGUCAAAUGGAACUUAGCGGAUUUUGCACGGGACAAGUACGCUCCACUCCUUCUUAAGACAGAAUCCAAGAUUGUCGUGUUAAUCCUCUUCAUGGCCCUGCUUGGGAUGAGCCUUUAUGGAACUACCAUGGUUCAUGAUGGACUGUACCUAACAGACAUUGUACCUCGUGAAACCAAGGAGUACAAUUUUAUUGAAGCCCAGUUCAAGUAUUUCUCCUUCUACAACAUGUACAUCGUCUCCAUGGGAGGGUUUGAUUAUGCUGUAUCCCAGAAGUUGCUUUAUGAUCUGCACAGGAGUUUCAAUAGUAUCAAAUACAUUGUUCGUGAAGAGAAUAAAGAGUUGCCAAAAAUGUGGUUGCAUUAUAUUCAGGACUGGCUAAGAGGGCUACAGGCAGCAUUUGAUGAAGACUGGCGGACAGGCAAAAUCACGAGGGAGAGUUACCGUAAUGGUUCGGAAGAUGGUAUCCUUGCCUAUAAAUUACUCAUACAAACAGGAAGCAAGAAGGAACCCUUCAACUACAACCAGUUGUCUUCAAGGCGGUUGGUGGAUGAGGAUGGGAUCAUCAAUCCUGAUAUCUUUUACAUCUAUCUCACGGUAUGGGUCAGCAAUGACCCUCUGGGCUAUGCUGCAUCUCAAGCUAACUUCAACCCUCACCCACCUGAAUGGAUUCACGACAGAUAUGACACAACUGGAGAGAAUUUGAGAAUUCCCGCUGCUGAGAUGAUCGAGUUUGCCCAGUUUCCUUUCUACUUGACUGGCCUGCAGCAGACCUCAGAUUUCAUCGAAGCCAUCGAGAGCAUCAGAGCAAUCUGCGAGAAAUUCUCCAAGAAGGGAGUGCUCAGCUAUCCCAAUGGUUACCCUUUCCUGUUCUGGGAACAGUACAUUGGUCUGCGUCACUGGUUUCUGCUCACCAUCAGCAUUGUGUUGGCCUGCACAUUCUUGGUCUGUGCUCUUCUGCUGCUCAACCCUUGGACUGCUGGCAUUAUUGUAUUUAUUCUGGCUAUGAUGACGGUCGAACUGUUUGGAAUCAUGGGACUAAUGGGAAUCAAGCUGAGUGCAAUCCCUGUAGUGAUCCUGAUUGCUUCCGUUGGAAUUGGAGUGGAAUUCACUGUUCACGUAGCUCUGGGUUUCCUGACUGCCAUUGGAAACAGGAAUCUGCGUUCUGCUGCGGCUCUGGAACAUAUGUUUACACCAGUAAUUGACGGGGCAAUCUCUACAUUACUUGGGGUUCUGAUGUUGGCUGGUUCUGAGUUUGACUUCAUCAUUAGGUAUUUCUUUGCUGUUUUAACCAUACUAACAGUAUUGGGUAUCCUUAACGGUCUGGUUCUACUUCCUGUUUUGCUGUCAGUCAUUGGACCCCCAGCCGAGGUCACUCCAGCAGAUAGAGGCAGUCGAUUGCCAACCCCUUCCCCUGAGCCCAUUCCUCCACCCAUGAACCAUCAUGGCUUCUAUGUUCAUUCAUUUCCACGGCAGCAAAGCAUGUUUUCUGAGUCUUCCGACUCGGAAUAUUACUCGGAAACCACGGUGUCUGGUAUCAGUGAGGAGGACCUGCCGCAUUUUGACCAGAGUGCAUACAUCAUCCCACCAACUCGCUCACAGAUACUGGUGGAGUCUGGAAACAACCCUAACUUCCCACGAGUCACAAUUGUGAAGCCAUACAAAGAUGUUAAGGAUUCGUCAUUCAAGAAGAAUCAUUUAAGCUCAAAAGUACCACCUCGAUCUACUGUCGAUUCUGUUAGUUCCCAACUAGCCUGGCAAGAACAUCAAGACUUAAAUAAAGCAGCAGGAGAAGGGAAGCAACAAAUCUCUAACAAUGGACUGCACGGCAGAAGUGUUGCUCAACCCACCCAGCCUGCCAGUUCUUCUAGAAGUCAACAUAGGUCUCGCAACAAUAGGACUCACCAUCCUAGGACUACACUUCCAGCAUACUCCACCGGUGUGCCUGGACCCAGUAACCCUUUCACUACAUGUAUCACAGACAUUUAA